GGCGUGUACGGCUACCUGCACAUGGACUCCUGGGACCUGCUGUGGAGUGUGACGGCCAAGGCCGCGCUGGCAGCCGACCUGCUGCGACCGCACCAGAUGCUGGCCAUCGUGCCCGGGCUGCUGGCGGUGAGCCGCAAGACGACGCUGGUGCGCAGCCUGAGGGACACGUUUGGGGAGGCGGCGUGGGGGAUCGUGCCCAGGUCCUUCAAGCUGCCGGACGAGCUGGACGAGUGGGGGCGCUGGGUAGCGGAGCACCCGGAGCAGGACACCGGACUGUGGAUGCUGAAGAACAACAAACAGCGCGGCACGGGGUUGCGUCUGGUUCGCACCCGCGACGCCUUCUCCGCGUGCUUCGAGUCCGUGAGCCGCCCCGACCUGCCGCCCGGUCUGCGCCUCUACCGCUGGUACCUGGCGCAGCAGUACAUCACACGACCGCUGCUCAUUGACGGCCGCAAGUUCGGGGUGCGCGUGUGGGUGCUGGUGUCUGACGUGGCGCCGCUGCGGCUCUACAUGUACGGCAGGGGGCUGGUGCUGUUCAGCUCGCACAGGUACGACAUGGAGCAGCUCUCAGCGGACCUGGAGGAGGCGGAGGGGGAGGGCGGUGGCAGGCAGCAGGACACAGGCCGUGACAGCUCGUCCGCGCGCGCCCCGCCCCCCGGCCACGUCACCAACUACGCCCAGAAUGAGAACGGGGAGGUGUGGAGUCUGGGGCAGCUGGCAGCGCACAUGGGGGAGCCGGCGUUUGGGAAGCUGUGGUCCGCCAUGUGCCGCUCCGCCGCCGCCUCCUUCGCCGCCGCGCUGCCCCGCUGCGCGCAGGUGAUGGAGUCCGUGCGCCCGCCGCCGCACGCCUGCUUCCAGUUCUUUGGGCUGGACUUCCUGGUGGAGGAGGGCGGCAGGCCCUGGCUGCUGGAGGUGAAUGCCACCCCGUCUAUGAAGAUGGAUGAGUGGGGCUAGCAGUGGCACGGUGGUGAGGACCCGCGCGGGGAGCAGGGACUGUGAUACAUGUUGCAUGUUUUAAGGAAUGGAAUGAAGGAAUGAACGGCUAGGGUGAAGGGCGAGCGUCUGAAAUGCAGGUUGCCUAUGUGAAUGGCAUUCCUUGCUUUUGGCCUCUCCUGGCACCCGAGUAUUACCCGCAUGUGCAAGGUAAGCCUGGUAAGCUAGUUCCGGUAUAGGAGGGGGAUGCAGGUGCUGCUGUGAUGCAGUUACAUGAGCGCAUGAGGGUCUUGUUUGCUUCCCCAUGUGCUUUAUGGGCACAUGCAGUUACAAGCGUGGGAAAGUGUCAAGCCAGCUCCGUUCUGCUGUUGAUUGAAAGGGCGUACGGUUGCGUACGGGACGUGCCUGUUUUUUGUCUUUCCGUCCUGUCUAUGUAACAUGCCACAUCGGGGAAAAAAGCACGGCGGUUAACCCUGAAGCAGACUCGUGGGUGCAUGAAGGGCGAGGCAGUUUGCGGAUGAGGUGGCUUAACUGGUUGUACAGGAG